GUGGUGUUAAGAAAAAAAGAAAAGGAAGAAAAUGGAAAAGCCAUUGCUAGGCCGAAAAGAUAAGGAAGAAAAAUGGAAGAUAACAUGGAGUGCCUUUGGGAAGGAGCUAAAAAAGGUUAGCUACAUGGCGGUGCCGAUGGUGGCAGUGACGGUGUCGCAGUACCUUUUACAGGUGAUAUCGGUGAUGAUGGUUGGACACCUUGGAAAGCUGGAUCUUUCCGGGAUUGCCCUGGGUUCCUCAUUCGCUAAUGUCACUGGCUUCAGCUUUGUUUUCGGAAUUGCUGGUGCGUUGGAAACUCUAUGUGGGCAAGCUUAUGGAGCACAACAAUAUCAAAAGCUCGGAACUUACACUUACUGUUCAAUUAUUUGUCUCAUUCCAGUUUGUAUUCCAAUAUGCAUUCUCUGGAUAUUCAUGGACAAGCUGUUGGUAUUGCUGGGUCAGGACCCUGAAAUUGCAAUGGUUGCUGGCAGAUAUGCAAUCUGUCUCAUACCUGCAUUGUUUGCCUGCCCAUUUCUUCAGUCAUUCGUUCGUUAUUUCCAGUGUCAGAGCCUGAUUUUUCCCAUGUUCUUCAGCUCUUCAGCAGCUGUAUGUCUCCAUAUACCUCUCUGCUGGACUCUACUAUACAAAACAAAAUUAGGAAUCAUUGGGGCGGCUUUAUCAACCGGAAUAGCUUUCUGGUUCAAUGUGAUAUUGCUUGGGAUUUACAUGAGGUACUCUUCAUCAUGCGAGAAAUCUCGUGCUCUCAUCUUCAAAGACAUUUUCUCAUGCAUCAAGGAAUUCUUUAGCUAUGGACUCCCUUCUGCUAUAAUGCUUUGCCUUGAAUGGUGGUCAUCCGAGAUACUCAUACUGCUAUCAGGACUUUUACCGGAUUCAAUGCUUGAGACAUCAGUUCUAUCGAUAUGCCUUACAAUCGUUUCAUUGCACUUCUUCGUACCAUAUGGGAUUAGUGCUGCUGCAAGUACCCGGGUUUCAAAUGAAUUAGGAGCUGGAAAUCCACAAGCAGCUCGGCUAUCUGUAAUUGUUGCAAUGGUUAUUGCAAUUAUAGAGCCUAUCAUAGUGGCAACUGCUCUCUUUUCUUGCCGGCACGUUUUUGGAUACAUAUUUAGCAAUGAAAAGCAAGUUGUCAAUUAUGUUGCAGAAAUGAUUCCACUACUUUGCAUUUCGGUAUUAAUAGACAGCAUACAAGCAGUACUUUCUGGUGUUGCCAGAGGAACUGGGUGCCAGCACAUUGGAGCCUACGUGAAUCUUGGGGCAUUUUACCUUGUUGGAAUUCCAUUAGCUGCCGUGUUGUGUUUUGGUCUAAAUUUGAGAGGACAGGGGCUUUGGAUUGGAAUAGUGGCAGGAAUUAGUGUUCAAGCAUCGCUCCUUGCCCUCGUAACCGGGUUCACAAAUUGGCAAAAACAGGCAAGCAAUGUGAGGGAAAGAAUGUUUAAGGUGGCAAUCACAGCAGACAAUGAAUCAGCUUGAAAAAACCUGGAAAGAAGGAAAGAAAACAUUAGAAGUUAGUUGUGGUGAACAACUGGCAGAAAUUGGGGCAGAGGGUUUUCAUUCCUAAAGAGAUAAUUAGGAAGACCAUUUGGUGAAGGUCUUCAUAUGUCCACCAUCUCCCCACCCCCCCUCCCCCCCACUUUUUUUUUUUUUUUUAAUUUUGUCACAACCGGCUAAACAAUUUUCUUGCUGUACUUUUCAUCCCUUCAAGAGAUCUUUUCCUUGGGUCCA